UAUUUUUAAUAGUAAUGCAUUACGAUCAUCCUUACGUCAUUAAUGUGAGACUUUCUUUACGCGAAAAAUAAACAACCGUUUUGUCCACAAAUUAGAAUAUUUUAACGUUAAACAUGGCACCUUUAAAACAAGACGCAAAAACUAAAGGUCCGAUUAAAGGAAAAUACUUAAAUAACAUGUGUCCACAUGGUGGUUUAACACACAACGGCAAAAAGAAAAGAAAAUGGGUUCCAGAGAGCAAAGUUUUUGAUGGUAGUGUAAAAGACGGUCAGGGAUUUGCCUUCAAAAGGAAGGAAGAAGAUGAAACAUGAAUAUAGCAAACUUCUCAGAAAGGAGAGGAAGAAAAUGCAAGCAUCACCAAUCCAGUUAGAGGAGGAAUAUCCCAAGCAUCCGAGACAUCUGUACCUGGCUGAAAAAGAACGACUAGAUGAAGAAGAACAAGAAAAAAAGAUCUCCUAGAAGACUCCAUUCAUCCAAAGGAAGCAGUAAAUGUCAUCGUAUCAGAAGACAAAGCAAGAACAUGAAAGGAUAAAGGAGGAACGUGCAAGAAAACGAGAAGAAUUCUUGAAAGACAAAGCUCAGCGAGAGGAGGCACUGAAAAAUAUAAGGAGAAGAAAAUGGCCACAUAUCAGUUGUUGAAUAGAAAAACUAAGAAAGUAAUGUCUAACCAAGAUGGUGGGAUCUAACCAAGAUGGCGGCGCGUCCACACGCAGCAGCUUCUCUCUGUCCGGACAGAAUGGUGUUUUUGUGCUUUAUGUCUUGUGAGUCGCAGAGUUUUUGUACGUCGUCAUCGCAUCUACCUGUCUGUAAGCGCGCAUAUAGUCGCGAGUUUCUGCUCGAUGUUGGCAGAACCGCAUUUUUACAGUUAAACUCCGCGCAUGCGGAACAGCUACGGGAUCUCGGUCUGCUACGGAGGCCUUCACCAUCACCAACACCCACUACUGCAUCUCGCCCACAGCGGAGGCGCCACAAGCGGUGUGAGAGGAAGCAGAAGAGGGGGAAGCGCGGAGGUAUCCGGGCUAGGCUAACGGCUAACCCACACAAGCCAUCUAUCCCCACCAUAGUACUGGCUAACGUACGCUCGUUGGACAAUAAACUGGAUUACAUUCGAUUACUACGCUCAACUCAGAGGAGUUUAAGAGACUGUUGUGUUUUUGUGUUCACGGAAACAUGGCUCAGCAACAGCGUUCCAGACGGCGCUAUUCAGCUCGACCAGCUGACGUGCUAUCGAGCGGACACGGGCUUUGUGUUUACAUCAAUGGCACGUGGUGCCGCGAUACUGUUGUGAUCAGCAAACACUGCUCACCCCUGGUGGAGUUUAUGAUUAUUAAGUGCCGCCGUUCUAUCUGCCGAGGGAAUAUACUAAUAACAUUAUCAGCAACAGGAACAACGCACUAAAUGAACUGUACCAGCACAUCAGUGAGCAGCAGAAAGCACACCCCGAUGCUUUUCUCAUCAUAGCUGGGGAUUUCAACCAUGCUGACUUAAAGAGUGUGUUUCCAAAAAUACACCAACACAUUAACUUUCCAACACGAGGUAAUAACAUUUUGGACUUUGUUUACACCACACAGAGAGGAGCUUACAAAGCCCUCCCCUCCCCCACCUCGGAGCCUCAGACCACAUCACUGUCAUGCUAAUGCAUGGAUACAGACCACUCAUUAAAGUCGCCAAACCAGUUCACAAACAGAUUAAAGUGUGGCCAGAAGGAUCAUCAGAGGUUCUUCAAGACUGCUUCAACACAACUGACUGGGACAUGUUUAAGCAGGCUGCCAUAUUCAAUAACACCACUGACCUCCAGGAGUACUCGGAGACUGUCACUGCCUACAUCAACAAGUGUAUUGAUGAUGUAACGGUCACAAAAACCAUCACCGUCCGGGCCAACCAGAAGCCGUGGAUGACAGGGGAGGUCUACAGACUCCCGAAGGCACAGAACGCUGCCUUCAGAGCUGGAGAUGAGGUGGGCCUGGGAACAGCCAGGGCCAACCUGUCCCACGGCAUCGGAGAGGCUAAGAGACAACACUCCAGGAGGAUAGCUCAUCAAUUCAGUGACAGCAGAAACACUAGGAACCUGUGGCAGGGGAUACAGACCAUUACGGACUACAAGCCCCCACCACGGACCUUUGCUAGCUUUGAGCAACAAAACAGCACCACUGCACAGAAGACUCCACCUCCUCCCGGCGACCAGGUGAUAAUGCUGACCCCAGACAGCGUGAGGAAAUCCUUCAGCAGGAUCAAUGCACGCAAAGCUCCGGGUCCUGACAACAUCCCUGGGCGUGUACUGAGAGACUGUGCAGCAGAACUCACUGAUGUCUUCACAGACAUUUUCAACAUCUCACUGAGUCAGGCUGUUGUUCCCACAUUUUUUAAAACUACCACCAUCAUUCCAGUCCCGAAGAAGCCAUCUCCAUCCUGCUUCAAUGACUACCAUCCUGUUGCACCUAACCCCAUCCUCAUGAAGUGCUUUGAACGGCUAGUCAUACACCAGAUCAAGUCUGCCCUCCUUGGACCCCUUCCAGUUUGCAUAUCGGUCCAACCGCUCGACUGAUGAUGCCAUCUCCACUACCCUCCUCUCAGCACUCACACAUCUGGACAAAAAGGACUCAUAUGUCAGAAUGCUGUUCAUUGACUUCAGUUCAGCAUUCAACACAAUCAUCCCUCAACAGCUCAUUUACAAACUGAUCCAACUGGGGCUCAACACUUCGCUGUGCAACUGGCUGUUGGACUUUCUGACUGGAAGACCUCAGGCAGUACGGGUUGACA